GUUGUCUUGUCGUCAUUUAUCAUUCUGAAAAGCUCGUUUUGCCUUUUUGUUUUCUCUGAGGGAAACCAUAACCGUCUUCACAACAAUCAUAAUGGAAAACGACAAGAACCUUUCUGAGAAUUCUGACAGUUUCGCUCGCAAAGACGAGGACACUAUCGCCGGUGAUGCCCCGCCGGUCCCGGAACAUGCAGAUAAUGUUGAUGCCAAAUCGGAAGGCGAAACUGAAAAACCUGCAGAUGCAGAUCAUGUUCAGGGAGAGCCAGAAGAGGAAGCAACCGUUGAGGUUCCACCAGAAACUCCUCCUCCAAGCCUUGAGAAGGUUUCAGAAGACAUUGAUCUGUUUUUGGCCAACAAUGAUAACAAAAGUACAGAGAUCCCUGAUUUCGUUGACAGGUUCAUGGAUCUGGCUGAAGAGAAGGUCGCCAAGUUUGAAUCAGGAGGUGAAGCCAAAUUGGGCGAGAAUGCGGAAGAAGAUUCGGUUCUGUUUGAAGCUGUGAAUCGCAUUUCAAAGCUUAUGAAAUCGGUGAACGCAGAGUCUCAACAACCGGAGGAGAAAGAGGUAAAAGGGGAAAAUGAAGAAACAGAAGAAGAAUCAGAAAAGAAAGAGAUUGAUGAGAAAAAGUGUAGCAAAAAGGAUUUAUUGGUUAACCGCAUCGGCGCGAUUCAUCAGCGGGUGAUGUCCUAUUUGGAGGAGGAGUUCCGGCUGAUAAUGGAAGAAUGCAGAAAAGAAACCAAAUCGGAACCCGGCAGUGGCAGCAACGAUCCCAAAGGGAAGAAUGUGGCUGAACCGUCGGAUUCCGAAGCUGUUGAGACGGUUACGGAUUUCCCGGGUUUCCCGGAGGAGGCCGUUACGAGUUUGAACAAGAUAGCGCGGGAGAUGAUAUCAGGCGGUUAUGAAGCCGAAUGCUGCCAUGUGUACGCAAUUUCGAGGAAGCUUGCGUUCGAGGAGAGCCUGAGAAAGUUCGGGUACGAGAAGAUCAGUGCCGAUGAGGUCCAGAAGAUACAGUGGGAGACAUUGGAGAGGGAGAUCCCAACGUGGAUCAACACAUUCAAGGAAUGCACCGCCGUGUGGUUCCCUGGCGAGAGGAAACUGGCGGAGUCCGUGUUUGCUGAGAACCCCGAUGCGGCGGGGAGCCUCUACGGGAGCCUCUCCCGUAGCGUGGCGGUGCAGCUUCUCAACUUUGCAGAGAGCGUGGCGAUGACGAAGCGCGCAGGUGAGAAGCUCUUCAAGCUUCUUGACAUGUAUGAGGCCCUCCGGGACGCGAUUCCCAAACUGGAGAAUCUCUUCCCGGAGGACAUCAUGGACGAGGUGAAGGCGGAGAUGACGUUGGCGAAGUGCAGGCUCGGCGAGGCGGCGGUGUUGAUAUUUUGCGAGCUGGAGAAUUCUAUCAAGUCUGAAACUGGGAGAACCCCGGUUGCCGGCGGUGCUGUCCACCCUCUGACACGGUACAUCAUGAACUACCUCCGCUUGGCUUGUGAAUACAAGGACACGCUGGAGGAGGUAUUCAAGGAGCAUUCGAAAAUCGAGCGUGCCGACUCUACAAGCAGGCCUCACUACGACGAGGGUGAUCACCAAAAUGAGAACAAUCAGAGGCAUGGAGAGAAAGAAAAGGCGUCGCCGUUCGCGACGCAACUGAUGAGGGUGAUGGAGCUGCUGGAUUCAAAUCUUGAAGGGAAGGCCAAGCUGUACAAGGAGGUUGCACUAAGCUGCAUCUUCAUGAUGAACAACGGGAGAUACAUUGUCCAGAAAAUCAAAGGCUCCGCUGAGAUCUACCAGGUGAUGGGAGAGACAUGGACUCGGAAGAGAUCCUCAGAGCUGAGAACCUACCACAAGAACUACCAGAUUGAGACAUGGAGCAAGAUUCUCGGGUGCUUGAGCCCCAAAGGAUUGAAUGAUAACGGGAAGGUGCAGAAGCCAAUGCUGAAGGAGAGGUUCAAGACUUUCAAUACUUUGUUUGAGGAUAUUCACAAGACGCAAAGCACGUGGGUGGUGAGUGACGAGCAGCUUCAGUCGGAGCUGAGGGUUUCGAUUUCAUCGCUGGUGAUUCCGGCGUACCGGUCUUUUCUGGGGCGAUUCUCGCAGUAUUUGGACCCGGGGAGGCAAACAGAGAAGUACAUUAAGUACCAGGCUGAAGAUAUAGAGAAUUACAUUGAUGAGUUGUUUGAUGGGAACCCUCACCAUCAGGGCAAUUCAAGAAAGAAAGCAUAGAUAUCGUAAUGAAUGUAUGGCAUUACGUUUAAUCAAUCAUCUUCGAAGAGGAUCAAACAGCUGAAACAUUUGUGUGCUCUCUUUGCAAUUUGUUAUGAGUGACCGUAGGCCGUGUCGUGCACGUGCGUGUUGAAGCUUUCCUUUGUGAUUCUGUUGUUACUGAAGACAUGACCACCUAGUGAAGCUUUCCUAUGGGUCAUUCAUUCAGAUAUAUAUAUAUAUAUAUAUAUAUAUAUAUAUAUAUAUAUUGUGGCCUUUCUUUGUAUACAGGAUUUCAUUAGCGUUUAGCAAGGGCGAGUUUCUCUCUUGUAUUCAAACUUUUUCAUAUCAUUUUAAAUAGGGGUUGUCUAAAUGACCCAUAUUCAAUUUUGGGUUAUAUCACCCAUGACCUUGUUGUACCAGUUAUAAUCUGACACGUGUCAUCUUAUUAUCCACAUCACUUCUAAUAUUUUAUUUUCGUAAUAUAUAUUUUAUUAUUUAAUUUAAUUGCACAAUAAUCCCUACCAAUUUAUUUAAUAGCUUAGUAAUCCUUCUAUUUUAAAUAUAUCCCCAUUCCCUGUUCACGUUCUUCUCUGGUUCGUUCUUCCUUUCCUUUCGCCGGCGGCUAUGCAAAUAAUCACGGCUAAAAACAAGUUUUCUUGUUGUGAUUGAUCAACGUAUGGAUUCGAGCAGCACGGCCGAUAUGUGGGAAUUCCGCGACAAUGUGCUUGAUUCUGAAGGCUUUAAAGUCAGAAUGAAACACAUGGAAAGCAAGUCUUCCUAUAUGUGCAAGGAAUUGCUUGAUCAAAGCCAUGAAACUUUCAGGUCUUCUCACGACAAGAGGGAGAGUAUGUCUGAUAGAUCUCGGUAUGUACAGGAUAGGGUGGAUUAUGGUGACCAUCACCAUCUUGCCAAUGACUUGUCUGAAGGUGAGAAUGAAUUCAAUUCGACUUCAUCUGCAAAAGUCUCUGAUGAUGUGAUGUUUGAUAGGUCUCUUGCUGAAGCAACAUACCUUCUAAAAGAAGCAAAAGAGUUUGUAAAGGGUAGAUAUGAUGAAAAGCAAGCUGAAAUCCUGUUAUGCAGGUCUGCAAACUUACUAUCCAAAGCUGUGGACUUGAAACCAAUGAGUUUAUUGGCAGUGGGACAGUUAGGGAACACUUAUCUUCUACAUGGAGAAUUAAAGUUGAAGGUUAGCCGUGAACUUAGAACUCUUAUUUCAGGAAGAAUCCAAUCAUCAUCUAGCAAACAUAGUAGAAUACUGAAUGAUCUGCCAAAUAAUAUUACCCAGUGAAGAAGAAGUUACACAAUUGCUUAUUGAUGUGUGUGAAGAGUGUGAAGAGCUACUAGUGGAGGCAGGUAGAAAGUGUAGGUUGGCAUUGUCAAUUGAUGCAAAUGAUGUGAGAGCCCUCUAUAACUGGAGCCUUGCUCUCUCUUUCCGUGGCCAAUUGAUAGCGGAUAUUGGGCCGUGGGACUAGACUGGAUUGCAGAUCACUGUGGGGUUCCUGUUGUUGAAGAAUGGAGAAUGCAAAUGUACAAUGUCGUGUCUAAGAACAAGCUCGUGCAGUGGGACUACACUACAGUAGUAUUGCAGUGGGACUACACUACAAUAGCUAGAUUGAAAACAAGUGUAGAUUUUAUUUGUGUGUCAUAGCUUGUUUUGUGGCCUUUGUGCACAAUGUACAUCAUCUUUCUAUCAAGUCUCAAAUUAUAUUCAAUGAAUAAAGCUUAUGCACCUUUGAUUAA